UCAUUGCUUGAAGGAAGUAGAAUGUUAACGCGGCGUGCGAAGAACGAGCGGUAACUACUGAAAAGAAAAGAGUGCUCAUCGAAUCUCUUUCUGAAAAGCUAGAACUAGUUAGUUUGUUUAUCAUCCUAUAACCAUGGCUUACCGUGGACAAGGACAGAAGGUGCAAAAAGUGAUGGUGCAGCCUAUUAAUCUUAUCUUCAGGUACCUUCAGAAUAGAUCAAGAAUCCAGGUAUGGCUGUAUGAGCAAGUAAACAUGCGGAUAGAAGGAUGUAUCAUUGGUUUUGAUGAAUACAUGAAUUUGGUAUUAGAUGAUGCAGAAGAAGUUCACAUGAAAACAAAAACCAGGAAACCACUUGGACGAAUCAUGUUGAAAGGAGACAACAUCACCCUUCUACAGAGUGUUACAAACUAAUAUAUAGGGCCUUGAUGUGGAAUAUUAAUUGUGAAUCCAGUGGCAGAAAGUGUUGAGCAUUUUUUUUUGUUUUGUCGGGGUGGGGGAAGGCUUUGUACAGUAGGAUAUUUUGAGUAUUGAGUUUUACACUUCAAUAAAAAAAAAUUUUUAAUACUUUAUAACCUUUUGAGAUUUUGCCUAAGGAGACAAACAAAUGCAAUGUAUUAUUCAAAACCGAAGUUUCAAUAAUUACUUACUUAAAUAUCAAGCAUCAAAUUAAACCUGUAUCAAAGCCAGUGUAUGUGUGUCCAUGAGGAUCAUACUCCUCUUGUAUAAUUUACUGCAAAUUGUGAAAUAUUGAAUACUUACAAGGCCUAUUAUUGUUUGAUACGGGUUUCAAUCUGUGUUCUUUGGGACCUGUUUUAGGAUAAUUUAGUCCCUUGUUAAGAUUUUUUUUUUUCUGACUAGUAAGUCAAUGUAUUCCUUCUUCUGUCUGACAGUAAAACAAUAUGUUGGUUUAUUUUUAAUACUUCAUUUGGAAGCUUCACUUAAAAAUCCAUCGUAUUGGUUUUCUUUACUCUGUUUUGUAGUACAUUCUCCUUGUACUGCUGCAUAAUUUAUGUAAAAAUCCAAGCAGUAACUUUGAGUUACUGUAUUUCUAGCCAACUGGCAUGUUCACCAGACUAAUAUUAAUAACUAAAUGUAGUACAACUGUUGAAUUAUUUCAUAAAAAAGUAAAAAUUUGUUCUCCAUUUUUUUUUUGUUUUUAAUUUGUUAUUCUGUGGUUUAAAACAAUAUGCAAAUGUUCACUAGCUUUAGGAGUUCUAAAAAAAGUGCAGUAUUGUUUAUUCUUGAAAAAAUGUAACACUGGAAGUUUUUAAAUCAUAGUGUCAUUGUUAUGGAUUGAAAGAUAAGAACUGUAGCAUUAUGUGAGAGGCACCAAGCGUUUCUUUCUUCUCAAAAGAAUGCGUGUCUUUCUUUAUUUGUUGCAGAGAAAAGCCAAAAGCAAAAUGACACCUUUUAUUGGCUAACUAAAAAGAUUACAAUACGAGCUUUCGAGGCAACUUGGGCCCCUUCUUCAGGCAAGAUUUAUUUGUUGCAGAAAUAUAUUUUGGCCACAAGGUGGUGGUGUGUACUGAAGUGCUGCAACUUUAGUCUUUACUGUUUGCAACAUGCAGUUCAGAAAUUGUUUUGGGUGCUUGAAUUAAAGUAUUGUCCUUAAAACUGGAGUGGAAUAGAAAUAAGGAGAGAGCAUUGUGUAUUCAUAAGCAGUUAGGGGGUUGAGGGAGUUUGGGAGAGACCAACUGAACCGACUUUCCAUUUUCUAAUAUUUUCCAACUUUUAAGUUUCAGCUUUUAUCAUAUGUAUAUUAAAAUAUAACUAAAUUUAAA